GAGCUGAAGUCUGACCAGUCUAACCAGAGCUGGUCCUCAGUGUGUGAAGCUGACUUUGACCAGCAGGAUGCAGAGGUGGUCUGCAGGGAGCUUGGCUGUGGGGCUCCUUCAGUCCUCCAGGGGGCGCUCUAUGGAGAAGGGGAGGCUCCAAUGUGGACCAAAGAGUUCCAGUGUGGAGGAGAUGAGUCUGCCCUCCUGGACUGUAGAAGCUCAGGCUCAGAUAGAAACACCUGCUCACCUGGCAGAGCUGUUGGACUCACCUGCUCAGAGCCUGUCAGGUUGGUGGGAGGAGACAGUCGCUGUGCAGGAACACUGGAGCUGAAACAUGAAGGAGAAUGGAGACCAGUGGGUGAUCGUUACUCUGACUGGACCCUGAAUACAGCAGCAGCUGCCUGCAGAGACUUAGACUGUGGUUCUGCUGUUUCUGUAGAACGGAGAAGGCAGUCCUCAGUCAGAUCUGGGUGGAUGAUCAGCUCUAACUGUGUCCAGUCUGGAUCUGCUCUGAGGGAGUGUGUAACAUCAGGUCCUUUCGCUUACAUUGUGAAUCUCACCUGUUCAGACUCUGUCAGGCUGGUGAAUGGGACCAGUCUGUGCUCAGGCAGACUGGAGCUGAAGUCUGACCAGUCUAACCAGAGCUGGUCCUCAGUGUGUGAAGCUGACUUUGACCAGCAGGAUGCAGAGGUGGUCUGCAGGGAGCUUGGCUGUGGGGCUCCUUCAGUCCUCCAGGGGGCGCUCUAUGGAGAAGGGGAGGCUCCAAUGUGGACCAAAGAGUUCCAGUGUGGAGGAGAUGAGUCUGCUCUCCUGGACUGUAGAAGCUCAGGCUCAGAUAGAAACACCUGCUCACCUGGCAGAGCUGUUGGACUCACCUGCUCAGAGCCUGUCAGGUUGGUGGGAGGAGACAGUCGCUGUGCAGGAACACUGGAGCUGAAACAUGAAGGAGACUGGAGACCAGUGGUUGAUGACUAUUACUCUGACUGGACCCUGAAGGAAGCAGCAGCUGUCUGCAGAGACUUAGACUGUGGUUCUGCUGUUUCUCUAGAACGGAGAAAGGAGUCCUCAUACAGAUCUGGGUGGAUGAUCAGACCUGACUGUGUCCAGUCUGGAUCUGCUCUGAGGGAGUGUGCAUCUUCAUCUUCCUAUCGGCUUAUCCUGGAUCUCGUCUGUUCAGAGCCCGCCCACCAAGGAAGCUACAGCUGUGUUUAUCACGUCCAUGUUUUCUCUCAUAACUUCUCCUCUGAGAGCCGUCAGCUCUCUGUCUCUGUUGUAGAUCCGAGACCUUUUAUCAUCAGAGCGGUCGUCCUGACGCUGAUUCUGCUGGUGGCGAACAUUGCCUCUUACUUCUAUUUUAAGACCCACAGGGUCUACAGGGUCUACAGGGUGCAGAAGCCCCGCAGACGGGAGGACGUGGAGCUGGAUUAUUAUAACCUGGGUGUUCCUGCAGCUGAAGGAGGGCCGACUGAAGAAUAAGGAGCUCAGGGAGCAGAGUAGCACCUCCAAGCAGCUCGUCUCACACCCACAUGGAUUUAUAUUCACAAGUUCCCUUCAAUAAUCAGGAUUUGUUACAUUACAUUAUGUUGAAAAGACCACAACAUGUCCCUGAGCCUAUCGGUUCCUACAGAAGACCUAAAAACACCUCACUAAAGUAAGAGGUGAGAGCAGGUCUACAGAGUCCAAGCAGCCGGCACGAUUCAAAGCAAACACCCAGCGACCCAGGCCGACCAGGAACAACCAGCAGGAUCAUGUUAAAUAUCUAAACACUG